GGAGAUGCGAACGCCCCUAAAAUGGCGGAGCAGCCCCGCCUCCGGGGCGGGAAUGAACCCGCCGUGAGGGGAAACCAAGCGAUGUCGGUGCCUGUGUCCUGCCCAGCAGAGUUCAGGUUGUCUAAAUAAAGCAAAAUCUGUUGCUUGAUAUGAAGAAAAACAGAGGUCGGACAGGCCGGAAGAGAAGAAGAAAACACUCGCAGAGUUUUGUGGAUGGAGUCAACUGCAGUCACAAGCUGGAGUACAUUAAACUUAAGAAGUGGCUAAAAGACAGAGGAUUUGAAGACAGUAUUUUAAGGCCAGCAGAGUUCAGGGAGACAGGAAGAGGACUGAUGGCAACAAAAGCUCUUCAGGCAGGGGAUCUCAUUAUUUCACUGCCUGAGAAGUGUUUACUCACCACAAGCACUGUCCUUAGGAGCUGCCUGGGAGGAUACAUUAAGAACUGGAAGCCUCCUGUAUCCCCUUUGAUGGCACUGUGCACGUUUUUAAUAGCAGAGAAACAUGCUGGGCAGAAAUCCCCCUGGAAGCCAUACCUGGAUGUUCUACCCAAGACUUACACCUGCCCUGGUUGCUGGGAACAUGAUGUAGUGACCCUUCUUCCAGAACCUUUAAGAAAGAAGGCUCAGGAGCAGAGAACAACCAUCCACGAGCUGUAUUUGUCUUCCAAGGCUUUUUUCUCUUCCCUGCAGCCUUUGUUUGCUGAGGACACAGGAACUAUUUUUACCUACAGUGCUUUGGAGUGGGCUUGGUGCACUAUUAAUACCAGGACAAUAUACAUGAAACAUCCACAGAAGGAGUGGUUUUCUCUGGAGCCAGAUGUUUAUGCACUGGCACCGUAUUUAGAUCUGCUAAACCACAGUCCAAAUGUUCAGGUAAAGGCUGCAUUUAAUGAGCAGACAAGGAGCUAUGAAAUUUGGGCAAAGUCCCAGUGCAAGAAAUAUGGAGAAGUUUUUAUCUGCUAUGGACCUCAUGAUAAUCAGAGGCUGCUCCUGGAGUAUGGAUUUGUUGCCAUGGAUAACCCCCACAGCAGUGUUUAUGUCUCAUCAGACACUCUCCUCAAAUAUCUUCCACCACUGGACAAGCAGAGAAAGGCAAAACUGUCCAUUCUAAAGGAUCAUGAUUUCCUAGAAAACCUGACCUUUGGCUGGGAUGGACCAUCUUGGAGACUCCUCACAGCCCUCAAGUUGUUAAGCCUUGGAGCAGAUGAAUUUGCCUGCUGGAGGAGGACACUGCUUGGGGACAUCAUUUCAGCCAGAAACCAAGAGCAGAGCUGGAAAAUAACCACCCAAAUCUGUCAUUUUUUAACAGAGGAGACCCAGCAGGUCCUUCUCCAGAUUUCCCAGCUGAGAAGGAGCCAAGAGAACCCCAACCCCCAGCUGGCUCUGGUGGAAAUGCUGCACUUGGAGGGGUUGAAGAUCCUUCAAAAAUCAGCUGAGGUUCUUUGCAACUCGAAUUUGGCUCCCCCUGGAGCUGGGACAGCUCUGCUUUAGUGAAGAUUAUUGGCCAGGGAAUUUUCCUUAAACUGCCCAAAAUUCCUUUUUAAUUGUGACUGUGCUGGGAUUAUUUUCCCUUUGGGGGGGAAUCACAUUUCACAGAAUAUUUCCUUGCUCUUUGUGGCAUUUUUAAGGAACUGUGUCUAAAAAAAGUGUUUAUUUUUGUAAGUUUAUUGCUUUAUUUUCCACAAGAGUGCUCUAUUUUUGAAAUAAAGGGAAUUGAAGCAGGAAAA